UAACACAGCUGUCAGGCUUUUUUGUGUGGGCUGCAGGAGACAUCAUGAAUGCUCCAUUUUCGCAGAGGAAGUAGGUUUCUGUGAGAUAUGAUUUCCAUUGUAGCGGCUGUAGCAACUUAUCACCUCAGCACCAAAUACUAUUACUAUUACUCGCAGCACUUCAGCGGCAUUUUGGAAUCAAAACAGCAGGAUUUGUUUUUCUAACAUGAAGCUUUUGGACCAGGACUCAAACUGCAAACGCAAGCUCCACUCGCCCGGUGCUCUUUUGUAUUUAAAUCAGGGCGUACCCGGUAGCGUGACUUUCACUUUUCUGUCAGUGUCCAUCUGGAUAAGCUCUUCCUGCUUUAUAAACCUGCAAGUUGUCUCCACGUAUUUACAGAAGGGAACUGCAGUAAAACUGACUGACACAGGUACAUCUGCCCUCAGAGGUAACAUGGCGAACUGCUGUGGUCUGCUGACUGCCCAGAAGGAACCAGUUCCUCUGAAGAGCGUGGAGGUGGAGCUGGAGGUGAGGGACCAUGUGGCUACAGUGGUCUCCACUCUGAACUAUGAGAACAAGGAGGACAAACCACUAGAGACUGUUUUCGUCUUCCCUCUGCCUGGAGAUGCUGCUGUCUGUCACUUCAGUGCUAAGAUUGGACAGACGCAGAUUGUAGCUGAGGUGAAGGAGAAACAGGAGGCUCGUCAGAAGUAUGAUGAUGCUUUGAGCUCCGGUCAGCAGGCCUUCCUAUUGGAGGAGAGUGAGCAGAGUCCAGAUAUAUUCUCUCUGAGUGUGGGCAGUCUGCCUCCAGGAGAGAGCGCCUCCAUCAGGCUGGAGUACGUCACUGAGCUGGCUGUGCAGGCUGAUGACGGGCUGAGGUUUUGUCUGCCUGCUGUGCUCAACCCUCGCUACCAACCUCAGGGAAGUGGAGGCAGUGGAGGUGGCAGUGUCCAGGUGACCUCUGUUCCAGCCUCUCUGGUGCCCUACAGUCUGUCUUUCUCUGCCCGAGUGUCCUCUCCUCAUCCUAUCUCUAAAGUAGAGUCCCACUGUUCCCUGGACCCUCUCCAGUACCUCAACACAGAGCAAACCCAGGCCACGGUCAAGUUGGCUGCAGGACACAAGUUUGACAGAGAUGUUGAACUGCUGAUUUAUUACAAAGAUGCCCACCAGCCCACUGCUGUGGUGGAGGCAGGACAGGCCUCUGCCAAGCCUGGCACUCUGAUGGGUGAUCCAGUAGUGAUGCUGAGCCUGUACCCUGAGUUCUCCCAGGCUGUGAUGUCUUCAGUCUCCUCAUGUGGAGAGUUUGUGUUCUUACUGGAUCGAUCUGGCAGUAUGGAUUGUGCUACCAAUAACAGCAAGCAGCAAGAAACUCGCAUUGGCAGUGCCAGGGAUACUCUGCUGCUCCUGUUGAAGAGCUUACCAAUGGGCUGCUAUUUCAACAUCUACAGUUUCGGGUCCAGCUACGAACACAUCUUCAGUAAGAGUGUGGAGUACAGCCAGAAGACCUUGGAAGAGGCUCUGAAGAAAGUUGAACAGAUGGGCGCUGAUCUGGGAGGAACAGAGAUUCUUGAGCCCCUCAAACACAUUUACAGCCAGUCCUGCAUUCCCAGUCAACCUAGACAACUAUUUGUCUUUACUGACGGAGAGGUGGGGAACACCAAAGAAGUUAUAAAUCUGGUGAAGAAGAAUUCAGGUUCCCACAGGUGUUUCUCUUUUGGGAUUGGGGAAGGGGCCAGCUCUGCUCUUAUCAAUGGGUUGGCCAAGGAAGGAGGAGGUCACGCUCAGUUCGUCACAGGGACCGACAGGAUGCAACCCAAAGUAAGACAUCACAAUCAUAUAUAUAAGAAUCUAAAUAACACAUUUGGACAGAAGACAUCUUCAGGAGUGAGCAGUUCCUUCACUGCCUUCAUUGCUGUCAACAAAGGCGAUGGCGAGGCGAUUCAAGGACCUCUGGUGCGCAGAGAUGUUCCAACACCCAUGUGUAGAGGGAUGAUGAUUACUCCUUGCUGUUUGAUGGCUUCUGCUGUUCCAGACAUUGCAGCUUGUGACUACAAUUUGAUAAUGGAAAAUGACCUGGAAAAUGUCCUGGGACUUUGCGAAGAACAUGAAGAGGCGUGGAGUGACAAUGACUUGUUUGCUGGAGAGGAUCAAAUAGCCAUGCCCAAACAGCCUCGCAGAGACCCUUUGCUGCAGUUGGUCUCCCUCCAGAAGGCAUCUGGGUGCUGGGUGCUAGAUCCAGCUCUGGCUGCUGCACUGGGAAAGACCAGCGAGGAGGUGGAGAACACAAAACCUUCAGCAGUGAACCAGGAAGUGUGGGCCACCAUUCUGGCUCUGAUCUGGCUUCAUGGUUUCAAGAUGGAUGCUCAGGAAGAGUGGGAGCUUCUGGCUAUGAAGGCUGUGUCAUGGCUCUGUGCUCAGAAUGCACCAUGUGUGACAGAGUGUGUGGAAGCUGGAAAUGCACUGUUGGGUUGCAACGUGCAGAAAGACGCUCUGGGACUCUGAGGUUUUCAUUAAACUGGCUUCUCCUUCAGGAUUGGUACACAGAAGCAGAUUUACUCCAUCCUCCAACCUUUACAUGUUACUCUUUGCACUAUCUACCUUUAUAAUAUGGUGUGCCUUAGUAUAUUUUCACUGUGCUUCAUCUAUCCAGGACAAGUCAUGUAACAAGACAAGAAUUGUUUUAACGUUGCUGUGUAUCGGAAAUUGUUACUUGUCACUUCAAAAAAUUAAAGCUGAAUCUUUGAACCUGAAA